AUGGCCCUCGACACAUUCCCUGACCUUCCCCAAAGCGCGACGGCACAAAAGCGCUGGUCAAUCGCCUUCACCGCUGCGCUCAUGAACGCCAUUCAGUCUGGCAGCUUCUUCUUCACCCCUACCACACUCAUGCCUCUUAUCGUCGCCGACUUCGGCAUUUCCCUCUCCCUCUCCACUGUCCCGAUUGCUGUAGGCAAAGUCGCCUACGUCCUGCUUCUUAUCCCGGGCGGUAUCAUGGUCGACCACUACGGUCCGCGCCGCUGCGUUCUUGCAGGCAUUUUCGGCUUGGCGCUUAUCAUGACCAUGUAUUCCUUGUUCGUUGCUUCGUUUUGGAGUCUUCUUGUUAGUCACAUCUUACUCGCAGCAGUUGCUAGCGUUAGCGGCGUGCCUGUUUAUUCUAUAUUCAUUGCCCAGUGGUUCGAAGGUGGUAUCGGCCUAGCAAUGGGCUUGGUGCUCGCGGGAUACUCCGCGGGGGGUACCCUCGUGCCACCGCUUCUCGGACCUAUCGCGAGCGCGUGCGGCUGGCGGGUUGCGAUGGGUUGCAUGUGCUCCUUGCUGUGGUUUGUCGGCUUGCCCGUCAGCUACUUCUUCCUCCACGAGUACGGCACAUCCAAACAGCAAAUCGACCCAGAGGAUGCGCAACCCCUCGUCGACUCGGUCAGCGCGCAAAGCGAAACGUCACGUUUACUACCAGAAGAGGGCCAUGAGAAUGUCUCAUACGGACUGCCAGACACGGGCAUGACUGAUCAGAGGUCCUGGACCUUUGUCGGUUUCGCCUUUUCCUACAUCCUUCUGCAGUAUUGCUUUGGUUGUUUUGGCGAAAACGUCAUGUUCUUCCUCACUAUCGACCGCGGCAUGUCACUCGGUGUCGCCUCCCUCUUUUUCAGCGCGCUUAAUUUGGCCGCCUUCACAGCCAAGCUGGUUGGCGGCCAUCUCGGUGAUCAUUUCGAUCGAUUCCAUGUCGCUUCGGCGUCCAGUGGAAUAGCCGCUGUCGGUACAAUGUUCUUGUUUCUGGAUACCCCGGGGCUUGACGAGGACAAGGUUCCUUCUUUAACGACACAUCCGGUUGCCAUGCUCACAUUUACAGUUCUCUUCGGGUUCGGAUACGGCGCGACCUUUAACUGUCUGUAUGCACUUACACCAAUUGUUUUUGGAAAGCAGAACCUCGGCCAGACGCAAAGCACCUUGUUUGGUCUGGGGCUAGCUGGAAAUGCUGUCGGCUCCGUGCUUACCGGAGUCCUGAGGUCAAAGUAUGGUUCAUAUGAAAGGCCAUUCCUGAUUGCGGGCGUUGCUUGCCUUGCUAAUUUUUUUGUUUUCAAUGUCACCAGGAUGACGCUAGGAGGGAGUCUAGAAGGAUUCAAAACGUUGAACGAAGAACAGGAAACCCCAAGUAUGACUGGAACGUAUCAUGGCAUAGAGGAACUGGAAGCAGCGGAAGACGAAAUCCGUCAACGCAUUGGCGGAUACCGCAGUGCUGGGACAUCUGCAAAGGUGUCUCCGAAGAGCAGUCAUCCCCAACUAGUUAAAUUUGGCGACUUCCCAAGUGCUGAUUUUGCGCCGAUAUCAUCACCUGUUCACGAGCGGCUUCGAAGCAGCCAAAGCGAACAUCUCGCAAUUGGAAAGGACGUCCCAGUGUCACCACUAUCAACAUCCACGUCGUUCAUGAGCCAUCACCGGCACAACGGCACCGGGAUGCAAAUCGAACAUGGGUAUCCCAUCGUUCGCGAUUGGUCGAAUUCAUCACUGCGGUCAUAUCUAGGAAGAACAACAUCGAUUGAUUCAAACCUAGCAUCGCCGAAAGCUAGGCCGUUGAGGAAGUCAUCGACGAUGGAGAAAAUAAUCGAGUCUGGGAUUCUUUCAGCAAGUUUCGAAGCAGUAGGAUAUCUUGGUUCCGGCAGCUCAAUUCGUCAUCCAUGUCGCAGUCCCCCAAGCGGCAGUCCCCCAAGCGGCAGCCCUCUGCCGUCUCUUCCCAGAGGACUUCCGUCACUGCCAAACUACGGCACAGCCUAUGGGUCCCCUCAUUUCCGCUUAGUUUCCAGUGACGCGGCUCAGAGUUCUCAAGGCGACAGUACGUUCGUUGGAGCCCUGACUCCCAGCAUAGCCUCGAUGAAUACUGCAUCGGGCUCCAGAACCAAUGAGGAUCAAAGGCCAAAAUCGGAGUCGACAAAAGAAUGA